UUAAGGCUGCUUAGUAUUUAGAGCUAUAAAAAUAUAACGUUCAUAUUCGUCUGGAAUGUUAUUAUAUUUUGCUGCCAGUUAGCGAAUGUGAUUAUAAAUAUAACUGAUUAGCACAUUGAGCGUUGCUGUUUGCGUAUGCUUUUAGAGUGUUUUUCUUUUGUUUGAUCGUUUAAAGACAAAUUUAAGAAACAUGGUUAGUGUACUGCAUCAUGAACCAGGUCUAGGCCUAAUGAGAACAAUACAGGAGGAUGAAGAUAUAUCACUUGAAUCGGAGAGCAGUGACGAAAACGACAGUGAACCAGAACUUAACUGUGUGAAGCAGAAACGACAUAUAGCUAAUCUAGAUUUUAAUGAUAGUUUCAAGUUCAUUAAUAGUGCUACUGACUAUUACCAAGACACUUGGGAAGAUUUGACUCAUUCUUGUAAAAAAAAAUCAAAAUCCCAAAAUGAGGAAAAAAACGUUCAACUUCAAGAAUCGGUUAAAGUUAAGGGACGUAAUAAUGAACAAAAAAAUGAAGUAAUGACGAAAGAUGUUUUGAAAACUAAAUUUGAUAAACAUAAGCAUCAAAAAAUUAAUGAAAGUAAAGAAGUGAGGGUUGAAUACAAGUCUGAAAAAGACUGCAUUGAAGUGUUUCCUGAAGGACUUAUUUAUGAUAAAAGUUUGACAUUUCAACAAAUGAAUCUUUCUAGACCAUUACAAAAAGCUAUAACUGCUAUGAACUUUUUAUAUCCAACACCAGUACAAGCAGCAACUAUCCCAGUUGCACUUAUGGGUCGAGAUAUUUGUGGAUGUGCAGCAACAGGGACAGGAAAAACUGCAGCAUUCAUGCUUCCUGUUUUAGAAAGACUUCUCUAUAAACCCAAACAACAGCCAGUUACAAGGGUGUUAGUGCUAGUGCCAACCAGAGAACUUGGUGUUCAAGUUUAUAAAGUUUCCAGACAACUUUCACAGUUUACUAAUAUUGAAAUAGCUCUCUCAGUUGGUGGAUUAGACUUAGCUGCUCAAGAGCAUGCUUUGCGAAAAACACCGGAUAUAGUCAUAGCUACUCCUGGGCGUUUGAUUGAUCAUAUUCAUAAUACACCAUCUUUUGGAUUAUGUAACAUAGAAAUACUGAUUCUUGAUGAAGCAGACAGAAUGCUAGAUGAGUAUUUUGCUGAGCAGAUGAAAGAGAUUAUUAGAGAUUGUGCUCACACUCGUCAAACAAUGCUGUUUUCUGCUACACUCAGUGAAAUGGUACAGGAUCUGGCUGUAGUUUCUCUGAAAGAUCCAGUGAAAAUUUUUAUCAAUAGUAACACUGAAGUUGCUUUUAAUUUAAGGCAAGAGUUUAUUCGAAUUAGAGAAAAUCGAGAAGGAGAUAGAGAACCAAUUUUAGCAGCACUAGUUAGUCGUACUUUUCAUGAACGAGUUUUGAUUUUUGUUCAGACAAAAAAGCAGGUUCAUCGUCUUCGUGUUAUGUUGGAGCUGAUGGAAAUCAAAGUGGAUGAACUUCAUGGAAAUUUAAAUCAGAUUCAUCGACUAGAAGCUCUGAGAAGGUUCCAAGAGGAGGAGGUUGAUGUACUUAUUGCCACUGAUGUUGCUGCCAGGGGACUGGACAUUCCUGGAGUUUGCACUAUAAUCAAUUUCACAAUGCCAAAUACUCUUCAACAUUAUAUUCAUCGUGUUGGACGUACAGCAAGAGCUGGACACAGUGGAAGAUCAGUGUCCAUGGUUGGAGAAAGUGAACGGAAGUUGUUGAAAGAAAUUAUUAAAAAAGCUAGAAAUCCAGUGAAGCAUCGAAUUGUACCACAGGUUGUUGUGUCUCAUUAUCAUGAUCGGAUUGCAUCCUUAGAAAAUAAUAUUGAACAAAUAUUAAAGACUGAGAAGGUGGAAAAGGAAAUCAAUUUAUCAGACCAAAAAAUUAAAAAGGUUGAAGAAAUGAUUGGUAAAUCAUCUGAGGUACAUAAGCACAAACGAAAUUGGUAUCAAACUGUCAAAGAGAAGAAAAGACAUGAAGCUGAAAAAAGGUUAUCAGAUUUUAAAGGUAAGAAGAAAAAGCAAGGGGGAAAAAUAAACAAUACAGCUGAAGGUCGUGUUAUUCAUGAGUUGGAGAAAGUUGCACAGUAUCAGGCAAGAUCGAUAAAAAGAUCACGGAAACCUCAGCGGAUAAAAACUAUUGAUGAGCGUGACAAAAAAACUAGAAUUAAAAGAAAAAAUUCACAAAAAAGAUCAUUUGCUGAAGAUCUAGGAAAUGUCAACAAGAAAUCUGUGAAAAGCUUGAGAAGCAUAGCAUCUGAUCACAGAAAACUCGAAAGAAGAAUAGGUAACAAGAGGCAACCUGGAAAAAAAUUCAAGUCUAAGAGUAAAUUUAAACGUAAAAAAUAAGUUUUUUAACAAGCUUUUGCUAUAGUUGAUAUAGUGAUUUUUGUCUUAUACCAUUGGUCAUUACUGUUGGUGUUAAGGAGUGACGUUAUUUUGUAAAUUUCUACAGUAGGUAAUAAUUGAAAUAUAAUUGGAGACAACUCUAAUACUAAAUAAGGUAAACCUAAACUACAUCAGUCUUAUAGAACUAAUACUUUUAAAAGUAUUGAUCUAUUAUACUUUAACAUAUAGUGUUUACAAUUACAAAGAUAUAAAAAUACAAAAAGGAGUAAAUUAGGCCUGGACAACUUUUCCAUUUCAAAUAUUGCAUAUGUUUGGUAAUCAGAAGUUGGCAGGGAUAAAUAAAAUGAUUGGUAAUAUGAAAA